AUGGCCGUUGUGGCUGGCCAGGACCGGGUCAACCUGGGGCCUCUCACCCAAGUUUUCACUCCCCCGUUCGACUGUGCGCCUCUCUUUCCAGCAUGCACGACGUGCAACUUUGGCUGGAAGGGCCAGGAGUGCGGACCAGACGGGGUUCGAGAUGCCACGUCGUGCUGGCCGCCAACUUCCCAAGGAAUCCCCGCGCCGACUGGGGCCCUGUUUGGCUGGGGGUUCUACUCGCCGGGCGUUCAUUGCCCGGCGGGCUACACAUCAGCCUGCACCGCUACUGCUGGCCCUAAGACGACGUCCCAGGGCUGGCCCGUGCAGUUCGUCAUGGAGAAAGGAGAGACGGCCAUUGGCUGCUGCUCGUCAAACUACGCUUGCGCAAACAUCAACGGCCAGACAUGCGUCCGCGUCGUACAGUCGACGUCGGUCCGAACGGUAUAUUGCGACGGCGUCACCACCACAAACCUCGGUAGCAUGACCCUUCCCAAUGAGUAUGCCUCGAUGCUCACUCUCUACGCCCCCAUGAUCCAGAUCAACUUUCAGUCCAGCGACAUUUCAGGCACAACGAGCGGAGCAAGCAGCAGAGGCACAGCCACGAGCGACCUGGCCGCGGCCACCGCGCCGCCGGCCGCCGGGGCAGCAAACAACGUCAACGGCACUACCAUCUCAUCAACACCAUCAAACGGCUUGUCGGCGGGCGCGAUCGCCGGGAUCGGCGUCGGCUUGGCGGCCUUAAUCCUCGCCAUCGGCCUCGCCACGCUUCUGCUCUGGCGGAAGCGCCGGAGGCAGGCCGCCGCCGCCGCCGGCGACAAGGACGCGGACUCGGGGAUCCACCAUCUACACGAAAUAGAUAGCGGCGGGCCGCACUACGACGUUAAACCGUCGUCCGAGUCCUCCCCCGUCUCACUGUCCGAGGCCCCCGGCUCCGAGCCGCCCCCCGCCGCGCACAAAGGCUACCCCUACUACCCCGACCAGCAGCGCCGCCCCGGGCCCGUCUUCGAGGCGCCCGGGCCAGAGGAGGGCGUGCGCGAGCUGGAGGCGUAG